AUGGACCAAUUCGCGCCACCUCCACAUCCCCCACCGCUGCUCAGCAGCCCCGACAUCCACCAGCUCUGCACCGACGGCUUUGUCGGCCUGCAGUUGCGUCCGCAUCUGACCGCUCAGCUCGAUGGCCUCCUCGCUGCUGCCGACACUUUCUUUGCUCUGCCUGACGUCACCAAGGACGCCUUCCGUCCGGGCGGAUCCCGGGGGCCACCUUGCAGCCCCAAGAGCACCGAGCGAGGGUAUUCCCGCCUGCCGGGCGAGAAGGAGUAUCUGACGCUGCGCCGGAGCCUCGACCAUCUGCCGCCUGGCGACCUCGUCUCGGCAGCCACAGCAGUCUGGCGUGAUGUGGCCCGACUGCUGCAUCGCAUCCUCGGCGACAUUGCCGCAUAUCUCGACCUGCCCGCCGGCUCGGCCGCCUGGGACGCCAUCGUGGCUGACAGCCUCGAGCCGGGCUGCCAUCACGGCAACUCAUCUCCCUUGUUCCCCUCAUCCCCUCGCGAUGACCCGCCCACGCUGUUGCGGCUGUUUCGCUACGAACACGGCGGUGGUGGCGCCGAGCAGCACCGCGACCUCGGCCUGCUCACUCUGUGCGUCUGCGUCGGAAAGGGACUGCAGGUGCGGCCAGCAUCCAGCGAACAUCCGGCUUCCGUCUCGACAUCACCACCCAAAACCCCUCUUUGGAUCGAUGCCCCUCAGGUCACCGUUAUGACUGGCGACACCCUCCACGUCCUCUCCGGCCGUCGCAUCCCGUCUGCCGUCCAUCGUGUCGCCGUCGACCGCCUGCCUGCCUCCACAUCUACUCCCUCCAAUCUCCCCUCUCGCCGCAGCAUCGUCUUCGCCCUGCGCGCUACCGUCGUCGGCGACAUCAAUCUCCCCCCUUUGGGCAUCGGCGGCUCCGUCAACGCCCUCUCCCUCUAUCAGGCCAUCCAGACACAUCGCGUCAACAUCAACACUGCCAAGGAGACCCGCGCUGCUGUGCGUGCCAUGCGCGCCAAGCAAGGACUCUCCGGUUCUGACUCUUCUCCUGCUUCUUCAUCUGCUGCUGCCUCGACAGACUAUGGCACCGAUGCUGACCAUCAGCACUCCUCUUCCGCUAGCACGGUCGGCUUGGCCUGA